AUGCAGCUUUCUAUUGUCGUCGUGUUUGCUGUUCUUUUUGCAGUGUCAUCUUAUGCUGUUAAACCUGUGUUUCUUGGUCCCCUUUGUUUAAAUCAAGUUAACUGUUUUGUUGACCCAUGUCAAGUCUCAAGAUGUCCUGCACAUCCUGCUGCAAAAUGCACUUCAAAUUAUUGUGGUGGUUGUAAUGCAGUUUGGUCUUUAAAUGGCAAAACAGUGGAUUGCAGUGUCCCAGAAUCAGCGUCAUCAGUUGAAACCCCAGAAAGCAAAUGUGUUACCGUAAAUUGCUUCAUGAACCCCUGUGGUUUAGCUAAGUGUGCGAAACAUCCAAACGCUUCAUGCAGAGCCAACUAUUGUGGUGGUUGUCAUGCUUGGUUCUACGUUGAUAACAAACGUGUUCAAUGCGACUAA